UUGGGUUGUUUUCUCAACCCAAACGCUGGGUUGAGACUUUUGUGUAAGGAUGCUGGGUUGAUGUAACCCAAUUUGGGUUGAGAAUCGUUCUUAAUCUGUAACCCAGCGGUGCUGGGUUGGGAACGCGGACGUGAAAGAGAGCACGCACGUCACGCAACAACACAGACUACACCAGUCGGAGAAGCCGCCAUUUUCUUAGCGCCUUCAGGUGGAAGGAAAUAAAAGACGUUUAUGCAGUUUAUGUUUUACUCUCAGAUUAACGUUACCUCACGGCCGAAUGACAGCCGCGCUGCGCCUCAUAACGUUACAACUCUGCUCAGUGGACUAGGAAGAAAGUGCGCCACACUGUCAUCGCGACGCUGGCCUUAGGAAGGGAAAAGGCAGCAAGCACUGUGAUCUUUCUGAAAUGACUGGAAAGUGCAUCGAAGGACAUUGAAAAAUAAAUGCAAAACAAUGGACGAAUAUGUGAAAACUAAACUAAGAGAAUGGAAUCUUGAAGAGUUAAUUCCCACAUUUGAAGAGUCAAAUGUAGAUUCAGAAAGAGCUACUCAAAUGACAGAGUGGCUUAAAAAUAGUAUCUGGCCACUAAGUCAGGUUGAGCAAUACAUGAAGGAGACGUCUAUCCAUAGGGCCAAAUGGAUUCGUGACAAUGGAACCAAGACAAUGAUGGAAAUAUUCAAGGAGUAUCCACGUCUCCUCGACACUCCAGGCAUGAUAUCCCAUGAUUUCUUAAUUUUGAAUCCAGACUCCGCUUCCAAACUUACCGAAAAUUGGGUACCUGUGUUUAAGGAUAAGAUUCUGCAGUUUGCCAGCAGAGAGAAACAAUCUCUUGAUCUACUUUCCAGUGUAGAAUUGAUGUCAGCAGAGACGCAGAGUGAUGUCGCCCUGCAAGUACUUCCUGUAGUCCUUCCCACAUCAGUGUACAAGAUUGGAAGGAAAACGUUUAAACCAACUUUCAUUGAAACCCGGAAGGCCUUCAUAGACAUACAGCCUAUUGGGACCAAUAUGGCUGAGUACCUGCGCUCAAAAAACUCUGAAUUUCCACAUGUUCUCAUGCUUGGAGACAACCAGUGCUUUCAAGCCUUUGCAGUUAUAAACGGAGAGGCACUUGAGCAAAAUACAUUGCUUCCUGCAGUUGAUGUUUGCUUUAAGGCGUUCUACGUAUUUGACAUAGACUACCCGAAACAGUGUUCCACAGUGUGGCAGUUUUUACAGACUGUGGUGUAUGGACUUUCUGGGGAUGAAACGCCAACAAUGAGAGUUUUGCGAGCAUUCAUUUUUGCUGACAAACAGUAGUUUUUGUUAUUACUGUCUGUGACCUUGCCUCUUUUAUGCUGUUUGUUCUUUUCAUAUUUACUUCUAUUACUUCUAAAUACUUUUCUUCUACAGUACAAUUACACUACAAUUGAUUCUUAUUGUGAGUAUUUUCUCACAUGCUAUGUUAUGCUCAAGAUGUUGAUGUAAAUGCUUUGAAAUGUUUUAAUAUUUCAAAUUCAUAUUUUCUUCAAAAGAUAAAUUUUUCUA